AUGGCUACGCGACUUCCUCACGCUUUCGUGGAUUUUCGUACCAUUCGUGGCAAAGACAAGAUAGCCAAAUACAUCAACGACAACUCGAACAGGUUGAAUCUACGCAAUGUCUGGCGGCGAAAGAGUGGCGUAUACACGCCGCGGAUAGAGGAGCCCGACCCAGCGGCGGGCGUGGAAUGGGCGGAGACCAUGAUCGACUUCGAGACAGAUAUUGGUAGGGGGUCAAGCAUGGUGCGUCUCGUAACUGACGAUGCCGGUAACAACGUCAUUUUUGCUUUGAAUCUAGCCUUGCAGGAGCUCAAGGGACACGAGGAUAACGUCAAGGAGAGACGGCCUCAUGGAGGGAACAAUUCUCUCAAGGGUGGCUCAAUGCAAGGCAAUUGGCAAGAGAGGAGGGAGAGAGAAAAGGAAUUUAACGACGCGGAACCAUUUGUCCUCGUCAUUGGAGCUGGACAAGCCGGUUUAGAAAUUGGCGCUCGGCUUGGGCGUCUUGACGCGCCGACUCUCAUCAUAGACCGCAAUCCUCGUAUUGGAGACAACUGGAGAAACCGCUAUAGAACGCUGGUAACGCACGACCCAGUCAACUACUGCCAUACGCCAUAUCUACCCUUCCCUCCCAAUUGGCCACUGUUCACACCAAAGGACAAGCUCGCAGAUUGGUUUGAGGCUUACGCUAGUAUCAUGGAACUCAAUGUCUGGACAAGCACCACAAUUGAGAGCGCCGAGUACAGCGAGGAGACCAAUUCAUGGACGGUCAGGAUUAUCAGGGGUGACGGUCCGGUAAUUGUUCUAUGCCCACAGCACAUUAUUCUGGCAACGGGCCACUCCGGUGAGCCCUUGGUGCCCAAGUUCAAUGAACAAGAUAAGUUCAGCGGCACAGUCUACCAUACCAGCCAGCACCAAGAUGCGUCGCACGACCCGGAAGAAGGCUCCGGCAACAGUGGCCAUGACAUCUCCCAGAACUUCUACGAGAACGGCGCAGACGUGACGAUGCUGCAGCGCAGCGGAACAUACGUCAUCAGCGUGGAAAAGGGGGUGCACAUGCAGCACAACGGAAUCUACGAUGAGACGGGCCCACCAACCGAGGACGCGGACAUCUAUGAUCAGAGUCUACCUUUGUUAGUGCAGUUUGCACUAAAAGUUCAUCAGACGGCACGGAUUGCCGAAGCGGAGAAGGAAGAACUUGAUGGUCUCCGGAGGGUAGGCUUCGCUCUUAACUUUGGAGUGGACAAUAGCGGCGUGACGAGAUUGUACCUGUGCAAGGGCGGCGGCUACUCGAUUGAUGUCGGGUGCACCAAGCUCAUUAUCGAUGGAAAGAUCAAGGUGCACCAAAGUGUAGAUGGCAUCAGAGAGUUUGAUGAGGGUGGUUUGGUUCUAGCAGAUGGGAAGAGGCUUGACGCGGAUGUGGUAGUGCUAGCCACGGGAUAUGAUAACAUGCGAACAACAGCCAAGAAGAUUCUGGGAGACAAGGUUGCCAACAGGUUGUUGGAUGUGUGGGAUUUGAAUGAUGAAGGAGAAGUCAACGCAAUCUGGAGAUAUAGUGGCCAUCCUGGUUUCUGGUAUAUGGGAGGUAAUCUUGCCUUGUGCCGUAUGUACUCUAAGUUCCUGGCUUUGCAGAUCAAGGCGUCUAAAGAAGGGCUAUACACACUUCCUAUUUGA